AUGGCGGACACAAUGGAGAAAAUCACAUCUCAUACGAGCAAAAGGCGUCUGUCGACGGCCACGGGUCAUGACUCGAAGCCCCAGGCUGGCGAUACUGAGCUGUUGGCGAGACUUGGAUACAAGCAGGAACUGCGACGGCAUUACUCGACGGUUCAGAUCUUUGCGGUUGCAUUCAGUAUCAUGGGACUUUUGCCUUCGAUUGCGUCUACGUUGGCGUUUUCCAUGCCUGCUGGUCCUGUGGGAUGGUUGGCUGCAAGCUGCUUCAUCUUCCUCGUGAGCUUGGCAAUGGCCGACAUGGCAUCCGCAAUGCCCACAGCAGGCGGCCUCUAUUUCUGGACGCACUACUUCGCCGACGAGAAGUGGAAGAACCCCCUCAGUUUCCUGGUCGGGUACAGUAACACCAUCGGCUUGAUCGGAGGAAUAUGCUCAAUUGACUGUGAGCCUUUCCUAAAUCCAACUGAGGCCCCCAGCACCCAGAACCCAGAACCCAGAACCCAGAACCCAAGAACUAACACUACCACUCUAGAUGGCUUCGCCAACAUGCUCCUCUCAGUAGUCUCUCUCGGCCGCGACGGCGAAUGGUCCGCCACACGACCAAUCAUCUACGGCACAUACGUAGCGACAGUCUUCGCACACGGCUUCAUCGCUAUCUUCUUCGGCCGCAUAAUGCCAAAGAUCCAAUCUGCCUGUAUCUUCCUUAACAUCGCCCUCGUGCUGGCAACUGUUAUCGCCCUGCCCAUCGGCAAGACGAAGAAGAACCCUCCCAUCAACCCGGGCUCGUACGUCUUCGGUGAAGUGCAGAACCUCACCGGAUGGCCCACCGGCUGGGCGUUUAUCAUGGCAUGGUUGUCUCCGAUCUGGACUAUUGGCGCUUUUGAUUCGUGUGUGCAUAUGAGUGAGGAGGCGACGCAUGCUGCCCGUGCUGUGCCGCUUGGUAUUAUAUCGUCGACUGGACUGUGUGGGAUUCUGGGGUUUGUGUCGUUGGCGGUUAUUGCGUCUUCUAUGGAUACUAAUAUUGAGGGGAUUUUGAAUUCGAAGUUUGGUCAGCCUAUGGCUCAGAUCUACUACGACGCCCUCGGCAAGAACGGUGCCAUGGGCUUCAUGGUCGUAGUAAUGAUUGUCCAGUUCUUCAUGGGACUAAGCAUUGUCCUAGCCGCCUCCCGCCAAAGCUGGGCCUUCUCCCGCGACGGCGCCCUCCCAUUCUCCACCUACUUCCGCAAAGUCAGCAAGCGCAAAUACAUGCUCUACCAACCUGUCCGCAUGGUCUGCGGCGUGACCGUAGCAGCCGCAACAAUCGGCCUCCUCUGUCUAAUCGACGAAGCCGCUUCCAAUGCCCUGUUCUCGCUCGCCGUGGCUGGCAACGACCUCGCAUGGCUGACGCCUAUCUUGGCGCGACUGAUCUGGGGCGCUGACCGCUUUGUGCCUGGUGAGUUCUAUACGGGUCGGUAUCUGAGUAAACCGAUUGGGUGGGUUGCUGUCAUCUAUAUGAUGUUUGCUAUUAUUUUGAGUAUGAUUCCUACUGAGGGGCCGGGGCCGUCUGGUAAGUUCAAUUCUUUUACCGGUUAUGAACUUGUGGUUGGGGCUGUUGCUGACUGGUGUGCGUUGAAAGCUCAAAAUAUGAAUUAUACGGUUGUUAUCAAUGGUGGGCUUUGGGCUGGUGCGUUGCUUUAUUAUUAUGUCUAUGCGAAGAAGACGUAUAAGGGGCCUCAGACUACUGUUAGUCCUGAGGAUGAGGGGAUGGGGUUAGAGAAAGAGCGUAUUUAG